AUGGGCCCUAAGCAAGCUCCUGCCGGUGCCGGCCCAGGCAAGACGAAACCCGGCGGCGCGUCCUCGUCCUCCAACAGCCGCCACGAUAAGUCGGCGCCGGCACCGCGACGCUUGCAAGUCCACCUCGCCCGCAACAUCCCGUCCGCGCCAGCUGCCUCGGCCCUGCGCGAUGGCGCCCUGGACCUGCCCGCCUUUGUGGCCGCGCACGCGUUCGAGAUCCGCGCGCUCGAGCAGAGCAUGGCCACGUCCAAGGCCGUGCGGAGCGCCCGCGCCUUCCAGCAGGUGCCCCGCGGUCUGCGCCGCCGCGCCGCCAGUCACAACCCGCGCCGCGUGCCCCGCCGCCUGCAGCUGCGAGCGCGUAGGGAAAUGGCCGAGGACAACACACCUAUGGUCCAGCCGCGCCGCCGCGCGCCGACCUCGACGAGAGCCCGCCUCCGCGCCGAGACGGCAAAGCGCCUGCGAAUUCUGGCUGCGCGGACGAGGAGGAGGAAGAUGACGAUGGCCAAGACGGGCGACGACAAGGUGGCGAGUGGCGUCGUGCCCCAGACGACGCGCCGGAAAAUUCGACGGAAUCAGCUCAACCAGCCUCCGCGGCCGCCGCCGCGCUUCCGAAAGCGACAGACGGACAAGACGUGGCUGCCCACGCAUCUGUGGCACGCCAAGCGCGCGCGCAUGACCCCGCCGAGCAGCCCGCUGUGGCGGUUUGCCAUCCCGCUGACACCGAGCGAAAAGGUGUACCGACCGACGCACCGAGCACAAGGCGAACGAGGAACACUGGUCUGGGAUACGAGUUACAUGAGUACCAUAGGUCUCUACGGUCACGAGGCAGGACUCUGUCGCGUGUUGCAGCGCAUCGGUCUCGUCGAUGACGGCUACUGGAACGACCGGGGGAAGAAAUGGAGACAGGGCACACGUUCACGCUCGACCGUCAUCAGCAGGGAGCACCACGGACGACCACGACCCAUGUGCCCGUGUACAGUGGUGUGGAAUCCGCAACCCGCCGCCGACGAUCAAAGCAGGACGCAGCGACAGGUUUUCCUGCGCGUGCAUCCGUCUGCAUUCAAAGAAGUCUUUGACCAGCUGCUUCGACUGACCAAAAUGGAAACACCACGGCUGUAUAUCGAGGACCUGCGCUUCGAGAUUGGCAGCAUCGAGCUCACCGGCCCGGCGUCCACCGAGGCGCUGCUCGCGGUGCUGACGCCCCAUCCGGCCGCCGGAAAGUCGAGUCUGAAUCACGGCCAAAUCUUUACAUCGCUGCACGGCCUCACCAAUCCCGCGGCGCUGCCCGCCAACGCGCUGCUCGCCACGACCGUGCAAGAUCCGCGUCUCCGCUACCCGCCCCGGCGGCUCGACGGCUGGGACGAUGACAAACUACCGGAGCGGUUGAUGGAGAAGAUAGCGGAGUGGCCUUCAGAGCGCGACUUGGAUCGCAACCUACUAUUCGACAGAAACGCCCGGCACAAGGCCACCCUGCUUCCCACGCAGCAGGCCAUCUACAAGCGCCGCAGCUCCGCCGUCGCCGGCGCUCUCCUCCCGCCCACCGCCGCCGACCCAGAAAUCCCCAUCACCCUGCUCGCCAGCCGCGCCGCGUCCGGCACGCAGACCCAAGGCGCCUGGACGCUGCUGCUGCCGUGGGGGUGCGUGCUGCCCGUCUGGCACAGCCUCGUGCGCUGCCCCCUGCUCUCCGGCGGCAACCCGCGCUUCGCGGGCGUCGACGAGGCGCGCCAGGUUUCCCUCGAGCGCAGCGUGCCCUGGUUCCCGGCCGACUACCCGGGAACGGACGCGGGCGCAGACUGGGAGCGCGCCAAACGGGCAGAGCGCCAAAGGGACUACGCGAAGCGGCCCAAGAGCAAGCGCACGGAAUGGGCGUCGCUGAAUCUCGGGGCGGGCCGAAAGGGCGAGGUCGGCGACGGGCUGGCGUGCGAUUUUGAGCUUAUUUUCGGUCUCAAGCCCGACGGCGCGGCGGUGCCCGCAGGAGACCCCAUGGAGGGCGUCGAGACGACGGCAGCACCAAAGGCACCAGACGUGGAUUGUCUCAGGCUGCUGAACCAGGUAUCCAGGGCCGACAUUCAGGCCCAUCUCACUACCACAAAGCCACAGGAGUUGCCAGACAAUGCCGUCACCAGCAUCCGCAUCACCAUCAUCGGCCGCGGCGUCGUCACCAGCUGCGCUCGCAUCUACCGCUUACCCCAGCCUUCAGCACCAGCGCCCGGCGCAUCCCCCACCGUCCAAGUGCCGUCCACCGAGCCUCCCGCCGGUGCAUCUCCCGCCCUGCCCGGCAAUCUCCGCGCGCAGUGGCUCGCCAAGCUGUCCGAGACGGCACGGCCGGCGACGACCAAGCAAAAGCGGUCCGAGGCUACCGACAUGCAGCACCGGAAGCGGAUGCUCGCGCAGACGCUGACGGCGCCGCCCGCGCCGUACCCGCCGCUCGCGGCCAACUACAGUACAAUUGACGGCCACCACCCGGUGGUGCCCGACGCGGAGGACCUCGUCGGGUUCGUCACGUCCGGAUCGUACAACAUGGCGCGCGGCCGCGGCACGGCAGUCGGGGCGCUGGCCGUGGACAGGGUGCUCGCGGAUCUGCGGACGAGGCCCAAGGAGGCGAAGCUGUGCAUCGUGAGGAACGCGGGCGAGAACGUCGGCUGGUUGGCGCGGUGGGAGCAUGUAUAA